AGCUUGCCGGUUUCUCCCCCAAAAUGGCGGCAGCGGUGGCAGCCGGAGGCAGGGCCGGGGAUGGCUGAGUGGGCACGUGCGGUUUUUUUUUUCUUUUCUCCUUUCAAUUCCCCAAUAAAUGUAGGUGCCCGGAGGUAACGAGGGGUGCUAAACUGGUAAGAACGAAGAACUAUUUUUGGUGAGAACAUUAGGGAAGAAAAAAUGACAUCAAUUAUCAAGCUAACAACCCUCUCAGGGGUUCAGGAAGAAUCUGCUCUCUGCUACUUACUUCAGGUAGAUGAGUUUCGCUUUUUGUUGGAUUGUGGCUGGGAUGAGAAUUUUUCUAUGGACAUCAUUGAUUCCCUGAGGAAGCAUGUUCACCAGGUUGAUGCAGUACUUCUUUCACAUCCUGAUCCUCUGCACUUGGGUGCUCUCCCAUAUGCAGUAGGAAAAAUGGGAUUGAACUGUGCUAUUUAUGCCACUAUUCCUGUAUACAAAAUGGGUCAGAUGUUCAUGUAUGACCUCUACCAGUCACGCCAUAAUACCGAAGACUUUACCUUGUUUACUUUGGAUGAUGUGGAUGCAGCAUUUGAUAAAAUACAACAACUAAAAUUUUCUCAGAUUGUCAAUUUGAAAGGUAAAGGGCAUGGUUUGUCCAUCACUCCAUUACCAGCAGGCCACAUGAUAGGAGGUACCAUAUGGAAAAUAGUUAAAGAUGGAGAAGAGGAAAUUGUUUAUGCAGUUGAUUUCAACCACAAGAGGGAGAUUCAUUUAAAUGGAUGUUCCUUGGAAAUGUUAAGUAGACCUUCUUUGCUCAUCACUGAUUCGUUUAAUGCUACUUAUGUACAGCCAAGGAGGAAACAAAGAGAUGAGCAACUGCUAACAAAUAUUUUGGAAACAUUGAGAGGUGAUGGAAAUGUCCUAAUAGCUGUGGACACUGCGGGUAGAGUUUUGGAACUUGCCCAACUGCUUGAUCAAAUAUGGAGAACGAAAGAUGCUGGUUUAGGAGUUUAUUCCUUGGCACUUUUAAACAAUGUCAGUUACAAUGUUGUGGAGUUCUCAAAAUCUCAGGUGGAAUGGAUGAGUGACAAGCUAAUGAGGUGCUUUGAAGAUAAGAGAAACAAUCCUUUCCAAUUUCGUCAUCUGUCUCUUUGUCAUGGGCUUGCAGAUUUGGCUCGUGUUCCAAGUCCCAAAGUUGUUCUUGCUAGCCAGCCAGAUCUGGACUGUGGAUUUUCAAGAGAUCUCUUUAUACAAUGGUGUCAGGAUCCCAAAAAUUCUAUCAUUUUGACAUACAGAACAACUCCUGGAACACUAGCACGAUUUUUAAUAGAUAAUCCUUCUGAAAAAGUUAUAGACAUAGAGUUCAGGAAACGUGUAAAACUUGAAGGAAAGGAACUUGAAGAAUAUCUGGAAAAAGAAAAAAUUAAAAAAGAGGCAGCAAAAAAGUUAGAGCAGUCAAAAGAAGCAGAUAUAGAUUCCAGUGAUGAGAGUGAUGCUGAAGAAGAUAUUGAUCAACCAUCGGUUCAUAAGACCAAACAUGAUCUUAUGAUGAAAGGUGAAGGGAAUCGAAAAGGAAGCUUCUUCAAACAAGCCAAAAAAUCUUAUCCUAUGUUUCCUGCUCCAGAAGAGAGAAUUAAGUGGGAUGAAUAUGGAGAGAUUAUCAAACCUGAGGAUUUCCUCGUUCCAGAACUUCAGGCAACAGAAGACGAAAAGAACAAAUUAGAAUCUGGCCUUACAAAUGGAGAAGAACCUAUGGAUCAGGAUUUAUCAGAUGUUCCUACUAAAUGCAUUUCAGCAAUGGAAUCGAUGGAAAUAAAAGCUCGAGUUACAUAUAUAGAUUAUGAAGGCCGCUCUGAUGGAGACUCCAUUAAAAAAAUUAUUAAUCAGAUGAAGCCACGGCAAUUGAUUAUUGUCCAUGGACCUCCUGAAGCCAGUCAAGAUCUCACUGAAUCUUGUAGAGCUUUUGGGGGGAAAGACAUUAAAGUUUACAUGCCCAAACUGCAUGAAACCAUAGAUGCAACCAGUGAGACUCACAUAUAUCAAGUUAGAUUAAAAGACUCCCUAGUCAGUUCCCUUCACUUCUGUAAAGCUAAAGAUGCAGAACUUGCCUGGAUAGAUGGAGUUCUGGACAUGCGCGUAUCAAAAGUAGACACAGGAGUAAUUUUGGAAGAAGGGGAACUGAGAGAUGAUGGUGAGGACACUGAAAUGCAAGUAGAUGCACCUGCUUCAGAUUCCAGUGCUAUGGCACAGCAAAAGGCCAUUAAAAGUCUCUUUGGUGAUGAUGACAAAGAAAUCUGUGAGGAGAGUGAAAUUAUUCCUACUUUGGAGCCCUUACCACCCAAUGAGGUUCCUGGACACCAGUCGGUCUUCAUGAAUGAGCCUAGAUUGUCUGAUUUUAAGCAAGUUCUGUUGCGAGAAGGAGUACAAGCUGAAUUUGUAGGAGGAGUUCUAGUGUGUAAUAACUUGGUCGCUGUUCGCAGGACUGAAACUGGACGUAUUGGAUUGGAAGGUUGUCUCUGUGAAGAUUUCUAUAAAAUUAGAGACCUUUUAUAUGAACAGUAUGCCAUUGUCUAAGGGAGAAGUGUAAAUAUGAUACAUAUGGACUUGUUUUAUUUUUAUGAGAUUCUUUUACAGAAGGUAUAAGAAAAAUUAGUAGCCAUUACUAAAUCUUUCUAGUGGAUGAACCCGUGUUGAUAUAAUCCAAGGAAGUUUACUUUAUAUAAAUAUCCUGUAUAUUUUGCUGGUUAUAUUUUUCAUAUAAUACAACUUUUCACGUUGUAGCUUUUCAAAUAGAUCUUUUACAAGAACUUUUUGAGAUCUGAACUUGACAAAUUUGCACUUAGUCUUUAUUGAAAGCAGUGGGAUUUUGGCAUGAUUAACAUUUCCAUUGUUUUCAGUGGGAACUAAAGGUAAUUAAGUUAGCAUGAGAAUAACCUAUUAAGGUUAUUUUAAAAAUAUAAAAGAACUAUAUGUUAAAAAUGCACCUGAUUUGCAACUAAAUCAUUUAUGUCCAUCCUUUGAUUUUUGUAGCAAAUUGUACAUUUUUGUUUUGAUAAAAGCAAAGUGAAUAUUCAUCGAGAAUCUAAUCAGUUUCUUCAAAGUAGUUCCUCUCUCACCAUCCUCUAAAUUCCUACUCCUUAACAGAUUUUUAAUAAUAAUAUAUCUAUAGAACAAUAUAAAAGAAGCAGAAAAAAGGCAUCAGGGAGCAAAAUUCCUACAGCAAUAUAAUGAAUGGUCUCUAAAGUGGUCUUAUUACCACAGUAAAAAGCUAGUACAAUGACUUUAAAAUACAGCUGUUACUGUUUCCAAAAUAUAUACUUACUAAAAUGACAUAUUUUAGAUGGUACCUACAUUAACAGAAAGCUGCUUCCAUUACCAGAAGAGCAGCUUCCCAUAUAGAAGAGCAUUGCUUAGGGGAAAAUAAUCACAAAUCCAGCAAGGUUGUUAUAUUUGCUUGAGAGUCAGCAAGAAACCUUUUGCUAAUGUUAGAAUGAGAGUUCAUCCAACAACUGAUGUUGUUUUGUCUGGUAGUUCUUGAAAGCCAUGUCAUGGAAUUCAAUGUUUCAAAGGUAUUCAUAUCAUUUUAGCCAUUUUUGAAACAAGAUUGCCAGAUUUAAAAAUGCUGAGUGUUUAAACAUUUCAUGGAAAAGUCUUUUUAUAAUACUAUUAUCAAGCAUCGUACAACAUUAGGCUUGUCAAAUUUCUUGUUUCUGGUGAGAUUGCACUUCACAAUGCUUCAAGGGUAUAAUGUCUUAUUUAGUUAUAUUAACAGAAUAGAUAUUGGUCAAAAUUAUACCUUUAUAACAUGUGCUUGGCUCUUAAAUUUCUUUUUUUUUCCUGAUAAUAACUCAGCUAUCAAAUCUGGCAUAGAAUCUUUAUCAGGAUCUAACUGAAAAAAAUUCCAGUUCAUUUAUAUUAUACAGUAGUAUUGAAAGCCCUAGCAAUCUUUCUCACUGUUUCCAUCUCAUCUCUUAAAAUACUUUGUUCUUUAAAUUUAGAAUUAAAUCCUGAAUAAAAUUAAAUCCUGAAUUAAUAUAUCCCGAACAUUAUAGGAACUUAGCUUCUGAUGGCUAUAUUGAAGCAUUCACAGGCGCGCGCGCACACACACACUGAUAAAAUAAGUUCUCCAAAGAUACUACGUGUUGCUUUAUUGUCAGAUGUAAAACAAAAGUUUUUAAAUAUGGUAAGUUGUUAAAUAUAGAUUGGGAAAUGAUGCGUAGUAGGACAAACAAGUUUUACAUUUAAUACUGAAUUUCAAUUAGUUUGGGAAGUUUACUUCAAGGAUUUUCUGACAAUUGAAAAGUGAAUCUAUCUCUAGACAGCAAAACAUGUAAUAAUGUCACAAUCCCACUUUCAGUUAUUUGCAUGAAAGUCCACAAAUAAGCUGGUAUAAUGUUGCUCCUUUGAAUAAUUGUGAAACAAAAUAUCAUAGUUCUUCAGACCCACCUCUUCUGGUAUUGGUACAAGUGUGUUUGGUCUCCCAGUUCAAGAGAAAAGUGGCAGACAGAAUUCUUGCCAGAGUGAAGUCGCUUGCUUCCUGCUUUAAUCUCUAUGAAUGCUAAGCAGAUUUCCUGAUCCCAGUUUUAAUCAGCUACUUAUUCAGGUUAAGAAAUAUUAUUAGCUUGAGCUCCUUUUACAUAGUGGCUGUGUACUUCACAGCUGCAGUUGCAGAAGGAAAAAAUCUUUUUUGACUGAAAGAAAAGUGUCUUGCAAUCAACUUCCAGGACACAGAUUUUUCAUGUAAUGUUAACAUUGAUGUUGGAAGUAGCUUAAUGCUUGUAAUAGAACAUGAAUACAUGAAAUUCUUUCUAUAUCCCUUAUACAAAGAGUAUAAACCUGAGGCUCCAGUAGCAUGUAUGCCUCUAAAAGCUUGGGAAUGAGUUCCUCCCAAUAAAUUGUUUAAAUUCUUUCUAGAAA